GGGUGGAUGGUGGUGCUGCGGGGGUGCGUACCGGUGGUCGGAAAAACGGAGGGCACGUGCCAUUGAUCGAUUAAGCAGGCAACAGUUUCCGUGCAGCUCUGGGUAGGUAUGAAUGAGCUCGCGCUUGGGACUGCUUGCUUGUUAAAUAUGGCUGUGGCCAGGAGCUUCGCCGGCUUCAAGUGGCUGCUGAGAGAAGAGGUGCUCCCGUGCUGAGCGUGCGAUGUUUGUUCACACGCCGGAGUCGCCCACGCUGAACGAGGACAAUGGCUCGACGCCGUUCGACCUGGGCGCAGACGGCGCGAAGACCCUGCACACGCCUGAGCUACUCAACUCGCUGAUGUCGCUGGCGCCACCCGCCUUCCCGGCCUCGUACUCGCAAUAUCAAGAGUCGUCUGGCAGCGGCAGCGGCGGCGGCGGCGGCAGCGGCGGUGGCGGCGGUGGCGGCGGCGGCAGCGGGCCGCCCUCCCUCCAGCAGACCACGUCGUCGCUCAUCAAGGAGGGGCUCAAGGUGUCGAUCCGUUCCCGGCGCGCCUCCACCGGGCAGGCGCUCUUCACCGAGGAGCGGCGCGAAAUCAAGACCGAGGUGAGCUUUGGCCCUCGGCCGCGAGGGGGAGGGGGCGGGGGAGUCUGCGCCGUGCCAGAUGGCACCGCGCCGCCCUUUGAUGCGCCGCCGGGCCCCACGCCGCGUCGACGACCCGCGGCGUCCGUCGGUCUGGCCAGCCGCCGCGUCGGCCCCGUCCGAACCCCGGCGACCGCCGUCGCCCGCGGCCACGCCCCCUCGUCGCGCAGGAAGUUUGGCGUGACUCGCCGGGUCGUGGGGGGCGCGGCGGCCGUCCGAAGACUCAUCCCGGAUGCGGCCGAGCUGUUGCGACCUCCGCCGGAAGGCGGCGGCCGCCGCACCCCAGCCUGACGUCGCCCGACGCGCGCGGGAAGCGCGUGACUAACCGCCCAUUGGCCGCGCCCGCGCGCAAGUGAA